AUGACGGACCUCGAGCGAUCCGUCCUCGACUUCUACCAGAUCUCGACAGCGUACCCGGACGUGUGGCCCGCGGACAAGAACAACGACAGCGAUGGAUCCGACGGCGAGACGAUGGCUGCUGCGGCCGUCUCGGCCAAGGACCGGGAGCGCAAGGCCAAGCUGAACCGCCGCAAGUCGCGCUACCAGGCGCUGGAGCGCGCAGCCACACAGCGCCAGAGCACGCUGCCCGGUGCCGACAAGGGCGUGCAGCGCGACGAGCCGGACCCGCUGGGCACGACGGACAGCGUGAUUCUGGCGCUCAAGCGCAACGGCCUGGCCAACGUGCAGGACGACCCGAAACUGCGCAACCGCUUCCUGCUGUCGUCGACGACCUUUUCGCCGGCCUUCUUUCUGUCGCAGGUGCACAGAGACGCGAGCACAGAGGCCCUUGUGGCCGGCAUCGACGUGCUGUCGCGGUCGAUUGACCAGAAGUCGGCGUCGCUCAAGGUGCUGGUCGAGUCCAACUUUGAGCGGUUCGUGCGCGCCAAGGCCACCAUCGACAACGUCUACAAGGAGAUGAAGUACUACGGCGGCGAGCCGACGCCGCCACCGCCGCCGCGCGCCCGUCCCCACUCGCGCCACUCGAGCCGCAGCGGCGGGUUCCGCGGCAGCAUCAGCGGCGGCGUGGCGGGUGCCGGCGGGCUGGGCAGCCCAGGCGCCACGCCGCCCUCGGACACGCGCAAGCGCAACGCGCUGGUCAAGGAGAGCGAGUACGGCGUGCUGGGCAUCAAGGUGCCGCUGCUCGAGGUGUCGGCCAAGGCCGAGGACGUGUGGGGCCCCGCGCUGGGCGGGCGCGAAAAGGAGGAGACGCUGCGCGUGCUGUCGGGCGAGCUGAGCCGGUUCCAGGAGUACGUCGAGGCCAGCGCCGCCAUCACAGAGAGCAUCAAGCGGAACGACCACGAGAGCUUGGUCGAGGAAUACCACCGCGCACGCCGCUUUGCGGACGAGGCGCGCGCCCUGGCCCAGGAGCUCCAGAAAAAGGGUGCGGCGGCCGCGGCCCAGGCGGCCCAGGCGGCGCAGGCCGCCAAAACAAAAGGCAGCAGGGACAAGAACGGCGGCCCCGGCGGCAAGGACGACGACAACGACGACAACGAUGCUGUACUGGACGAGUCGCGGCCGACCGACGCGCAAAUGUACCAGAUCCUGCUGGCUGCGCGCAUGUGGCACGACGUCGAGGACCAGAUCCAGGUGUACAAGCGCGACGUGUGGCGCCGCCUGACGUCGAUGCACAGCAACGUGGUGCGCGGCCGGUCGGGCGCGGAUGCUGCGGGCGGCCGGGGCGACCAGCACAUGGAGCUGAUCGGGCUGCUGCUCGAGCUCGGCGUCGAAGACAACCCCAUCUGGGUGUGGCUGCUGAGCCGCUAUGACUACCUCAAGGGCAAGAUCCAGGCCGUGUGCGACCGGACCAAGGUCGAGAUCGAGGUCCUGCGGCGCCGCCUUGCCGCGGCCGACAAACCGGCGCCGCAUGUGAUUGCGGCGCACCUGCGGUCCAUCGGCCGCCAGACGAUCGAGAGCAAGAUCGGCUCGCUCGACUCGCCCGACGUCAUUGAGCUGUGGGACAAGAUCCACUACUUUUUGGUCUCUCUGCUCUCGGCCCAGGGCGUCCUGGGCGAAGUGCUCGAGUUCUGGCACACCGUCGAGGGCUUUGUCGAGGGCAAGACGCAAAAGUCGCUGCCCUCGGGCUACCGCGGCGAGGCCCAGACGCACCACCGCCUGUCGCAACAGGGCGCCGUCGACCUGCAAAAGGGCGCCGUCGAGCUCGUCGAUCUGAUCCGCGAGCACGUCUUCUCGUUCUUUGCCGGACCGCCGCCCGAGGACGUGUCGCUGCUCUUCUCGCCCAUCCCGUUGUCGCCGCGCACGCCCAUGUCGACCACCUCGCUGAACGGCGGCUUUGGCGGCGCAAGCGGCCCGCUGUCGCCCAACGCCUUGCGCGACCCGCGCUUCAACCUCGACCCCAAGAACCCGCCACCGCCAUCGCCCCGCCGCGGCGAGGCCUGGGAGAAGUUUGCCUUUUGGCCGCCCUGGUCCAACUCGGUCAGCGGCGUGCACUACCUCUCCAAGUACCUGGCGCUUGUCGGCGCAGGCGCGUCCGAGAUGGCGGGCAUCGGGUCGGUGGCGGGCCGUGGCGCGGACGCCACGGAGGUCGAGCGGCUCAGGACGCUGGUCGGCGCUGUGCGGGAGCGCUGUGUGGCGGCGCUGUGCGCGGCAUGGAACAAGGACGCCGAGAACGUCAAGUACGUCGAGGACUGGCACCGCGCCGCCGACCGCCGCGAUGUGACCAAGAUGCCGGCGGCCUUUGCUGCGUUUGAGGGCGCCAUCCUGUCGGGCAUGCAGAAGAUCCUGUACGUGUCCGAGGCGAUGAGCAAGCCGGGCGCGGGCGACAUUGUGCUGCCGCCGCCGACAAAACUGCUGCAGAUGGUGCGGGCGCAGUACGUCACGACGCUGUACAAGGCCCUGAGCGGCAUGGUCGAGAACGCCGAGCGGCCCAUGAAGAGGGCCGACGACGACUGGACGACUACCGAUGCGGAUGGUGUGGGCUACGUGGCGCCGCCGUCGGCCACGGCCAUGUCGUCGGCCGUCAUGAGCUUGCUGCACGACAGCCGCGCCUCGUCCAUCAUGGACAACGGCGCCUUUAACGCGGGCGAUCGGAAUGUCCGGAUGCUGCUCACGCUGAGCAAUCUGCAGAGCCUGCGCGUCGAGGUCGUGCCGCGCCUGAACACGCAGUUUGAAAACGCCUUCUCCGUCAAGCUGACCGACGAGACCAAGACGAUCCGCGACGUGCUCGGCCAGAUCGACACGCGCCUGUUUCUGUCGUACACGCGGCCCUCGGUCGAGUCGCUGCGCCGCAUCGUGCGCGCCGGCAUCAUCGACGCGCCGCCCGUCGUGGCCGCCGCCAGCGCCAGCGCCAGCGCCAGCGCCAAGCCCCGCGAGGUCCGCCCCUAUGUCUACGAGGCCCUGCUGCUGCUCGUCCUCGUGCACUCCCAGGUGUCGACCACGGCCGCCUCGCUCACCCAGCAGGUCCUGUCGCACCUGCUCGAGCAGCUGUCCCGCGAGCUGCUCGAGGCCUUCAAGCAGCAGCCGCGCGCGGCCGCAUCGCCCUCGGGCGCGCAGUACGACCUGGCCGGCCUGAUGCAGGCCACGCUCGACGUCGAGUUUAUUGCGCAGGCGCUCAGCCAGUACACGACGGAGCGCGCCAGCGAGCUGCAGGGACAGAUCUACCAGGAGCUGGACGCACGCACCGACGACGACGCCCGCGCCCGGCUGCAGGGCGAGCUGCCGGAGAUGCGCAGCGUGCUGAAGCGGCUGCGGGAGGCGAGCAAGAACGAGUUCGCCUGUUUCCGGAAGCCGAAGCGGAGCGGCGGCGAUCGGGGAGAACGAGGAGAACGAGGGGGCAGUCGUGACGGCGCAUCGUCGCCAGCGCCACAAGCCGGGCCUGGCCAGGGUGUGCCUAUAUGA